AUGCCUUCACCAAUUCCCCAGCCUCCGGGGCUUCCAAUUGUUGGAAACCUCUUUGAUAUGGAUGCCAAGAAUGUCUGGGCUUCUCUCAACAAGCUAGCUGCAGAGCAUGGUAGCAAAGGCAUUUUCAAAAUCACAGUUCUAGGCAAGCAACUUAUCUUCAUCACAAGCGCGGCCCUUCUGGAGGAGAUCUGCGACGAGAAGCGCUUCCAGAAAUGCAUUACCGGCGCCAUGUUUGAGAUCCGCCAUCUUGCACACGAUAGUCUCUUCACUGCGUAUGCCACAGAGGAAAGCUGGGGAAUCGCACAUCGCAUCAUGGCCCCCUUUGUCCUACCCGGAGCUGUCAAAGAGAUGCACGACGAUAUCUCGGCGACAUUAGACGACUUGAUUCAGAAGUGGACUUCGACUGACGGUACCCCAAAGCGCGUGGAUGUGACCAAUGACUUGGACCGGCUGAACCAUGCGGCCAAUGUACAAUGUUUCUUCAGUCAGCGCGUGGACUGUGUCUUAGGAACAGAGCCCCCAGCCAUCAAAGCCAUGAUUGACACAACUUUUGAAGCUGUUCGCCGGCCUUCACGCCCAAAACUUCUUACCUGGCUCUGGUACCAGAAGACCUUCGACAAGGAUAUCAAGAUCUCUCGUGACUAUUGUGCGCAAAUAAUUGCCAACCGACGUAACAACCCAGUCGAAAAGAACGACCUUCUCCAUGCCCUAAUUAACGGCAAAGAUCCGCAGACUGGGGAAACCCUACCAGACGACAGGAUCAUUGACGAGAUAAUCAACAUUUUCAUCGGCAGCGCGACCUGUCCUAACCUAGUCAGCUUCGCUCUAUACUACCUAGCGAAGAACUCCGACACAAUGCUGCGCGCCCGAAAGGAACUAGACGCUGUAGUCGGUCCCACCAGCCCCCUCGAGCACCAUCAUCUCUCGGAAUUACCCUACUGCGAAGCCGUCCUCCGAGAAACAUUGCGUCUCUGCGCCACAGCCCCAGGCCUCAAUAUCGAGUCUCUGCCAUCCAUCCAAGGACCAGUUCUCCUCGCAGGAGGAGAGUACGAACUACCGAAAGGCCAACCAGUGCUUGCAAUUCUGUCCGCCGUCAAUCGAGACCCCACUGUCUUUGAGAACCCCAAUGCAUUCAAACCGGAGCGCAUGCUCGGCGAGGCAUAUGAUCGACUCCCUGUUGGAGUCAAGAAGGGCUUUGGGAAUGGCAAGCGCUCUUGCUAUGGCACCCAUUAUGCUUGGGAGUGGUCGCUUCAUACGCUCGUGGGCAUUAUUCAAAAGGUCGAUUUUGAGUUGGCGGAUAAGGCGUAUUCACUUGAUAUCCAAGGGAAGAAUUUUAAUGGUGCUUUCAGUGUGAAGCCGUAUGGGAUGUUUGCGAUAACUAAGAAGAGGGAAGGUUGA